AUAACCAACCCUUGUUCUGUUACAGAGCACACCAAAACAGAGAUGAUGAUCAUCAAUUUGGACCCACAAUUGUCCCUCUCUCACUCAAUCACUUCCCUUUUCUUCUUUCCCCCUCUUAAUUUCAUUUUCCCUCCGCAUAUCUCGCACCAAUCACAUCCCAAUUACACUUCAUUUCAAAAUUUGGGUGGUUGUUUGCAAAAAGCUUACAUUUUUACAUUAGGGUUUUGUUUCUUUAAGGGUUUACUCAAUUCUUGGGCAAAUUCUUUGCCCGAUUUUGAAUUCUUUAUACUGUAGUUUAAAACUCGAUUAUUCCCAUAAUGUAUCAAUUUGUUUGAUGAAUUUUGGGUGAAGGUAAUGGGGUGUGUUAAUUCAAAGCAUAUGGUUAGGUUUUACGGUUCUUUAGGUAAUUCUUCAUUGAAGAAUCAUGAUCAUAUUGUUAGUCAUGUUAUUAAGUCAUUGAAGAAUAUGAAGAAGGGAAUACCAGAUUAUGAUAAUGAUGAUAGGAGGAUGGGAGUAAGGAUAGAGAAAAUCAUCAUCUUAUUGAUAGUUGGAAUGGAGAUGGAGGGUCUUCAAAUUUCAGUUCGAUUAAUUUUGAAAUUUGAAAGGAUUAAGGAAGCCUUCUUGGCUUAGUGAGGUUACCGUGAAGCCAUCGAUGGUUGGCUACCUUUGAGAUCCGAUAGCCUCCAAAGAUUGGAAAAAGUAUAACAUUGAAUUGCUUAUGAUCUGUAGAUAUUAUUAAGUUCUUGAAAUCAUAUUUGUUGCAUAUUAGUUUGAUUUUUUUAAGAACGCGGUAUGAUUAUAAUAUUAUAUGAACAUUUGUAGAUGAUUGUCAUAGAAUGUUAAAAGUUCAAGAUGCCUUUGGUUAUGUAUGUAUAAAUGUAUACAUUUGUGAAGUUGCGUUUGAAGAACCAGAAUCAUAUAAUUAGUUUUAAGAUUUGUUUACUUGUUUAACUCUGAUAGUUUUAACCCUAAAUAAUCAGAAUCAUAACUUGCUUUUGCUAGCACUUUACAUGAAGUGUAAUUGGGCUGUGAGUCCCAGGUUUGUAACCUCUAACUGAUAAAAUAUUAAUACGUAACAGAGAUAAAAGGCAACCAAAUGAAGUUGUUUUCGGUGCAGAUUAAAUGCUAUAUGAAGAAAUUUUUGAACGGUAUCUAACAUUGCCAUUCACUUGGAGUUUUACAUCGAGACAUUAAAACCGCAAAUAUUUUGGUGAAUAACGAAGGGAUUUUGAAGAUUGGUGAUUUCGGUCUAGCAAAGUUCCACAGUCCUGACUGCAGGGAACCGUUGACUUAUCGGCCUCCUGAACUUCUUCUAGGAUGCACGAAUUACGGGACGUAUGUUGACCUUUGGAGUGUGGGAUGUGUUUUUGCUGAACAUUGUUUUGGCAGACCAAUCCAAGGCCGAACUGAGGUGGAACAAUUGAAGCUUUGUGGAACUCCCCCUGAUGAAUACUGGAACAAGUCGAAACUUCCUCUUGCAACGAUGUUUAAACCGCAUCAUGCUUAUCAAAGUAGUCCUCGGGAAACGUGUAAGCAGCUCCCGGAAACUGCGGUUGACCUUAUCCACACGUUACUUUCUGUAGAGCCUUGCGAGCGUGGGCCCGCUACAUCUGCCCUCAAAUCUGAGUAUUUCCAUACGAAGCCUUAUGCGUGUGAUCCCACUAGCUUGCUGAAAUAUCCACCUAACAAAGAGAUUCAGGCAAAGUUCCAUGAAGAAGCCGCAUGUAGGUGGCAUGGUUUGGGCAUCCGGAGCUUCAACAAGAGUCCCUACCGAUGCCCCUCAUAUUGCAAGAAGAAACAAUGGCGGUGGUUCGCAUUCAAAAGCGUCGCUCGACACAGUGUUGGGGCUUUCACAAACUACACACGGGUCUAAAUCCGAAGGGAUUUGUGCAUUCCCCACUCAAGCGACAGCUUCAAAUGGUGGUUUUCUGUGGGCAACAAGAAGGCGGAAAUAUGGCGGCAAUUCGACCCUGAGUGGUGGUGUCAUGGCGGUGCAUGCAGCCUCCCACACGCCACCCACAAUAGCCCCCAAUUUAAAACUGGCGAUAUCAAAAUAACCCUAAACCUUUCAAUUGCCAACAAAACUGUAAACCCAAACCUUCCUCAUCGCAAAUCUGCUCAGAUAUCAAAACCCCACCGCAGACGGAGUUAAUGGUGGAUGACGGAGGCUGUACCUGAUUGCGAGGAUCGUCGUGUUUCUUGACGAUUUAUUUUGGGUGGAUGAUCGUCGUGUUCAUUUGAUUGUAGUUAAAUGGAUAACUUUUUCGUAAUACAAAUUCUUCCAGAAUUUCUAGAUC